AUGAAUACUUCGAUGCGUCAUAAAGAUGUUGCAAAAUUCUAUUAUGUUUGCAGUCAAUCUGUAGUUGCAAUGAAAGAGUAUAAAGAAGGUUCUAAUAGAAAACGAAUGGAACGUUUUCCAUGUCAAGGGAAGAUGCAAAUGAAAAUCGAUAUGCCAGCCGCUGAAGCUAUGCUUGAAAUUCAUCAUGGCAUGCUUCAUAAUAGACCUGUGAUUACUUCAGAAAUUAGUGAAGAAUGUAGAAAAGAGAUUGAAGAAAACGUUCAUUUAAAUCCUAUUCAAUUACGACAAUUGCUUAGAGCAAAAAAUGUUAUGAAAAAUUAUACCCCAAAACAAAUUCAUACUUAUUGGGAGAGAACUGCUAAUAUUAAAUGUCCAGAAUUAGUCCCUCAAUAUUCUGUCACCCCUGUUGUCCCGGUUGUUCCUAUGUUACCAACAGCUGUUGAGGGUACUUAUACAAUGAUACCGACGAUGCCAUAUCCUCCUCCUAUACAACCUCCUCCUCUACCUAUGCCGUUGGUCACAAAUACUCCUCCUCCCACUUCACAAAAAAGUACUACCGAAAAAAUUUCAAAAGUCGGUAAUCAUACUUUUAAUCAUGAUGAAUUUGCUGAAUAUGCUGCAAAGAUGGAACAAUUUGCAAAGAGAAUCAGGAAUCAAUUGGAUCGUCGGAAUUAUCACUGGUUAGAUACCGUGAAAAUCUUGACCGCUGGAGUUAUCGAAAUGGAAAAUGAUAUUGAAGAAUUGGAAAGGCAACGUGCUAGCGAAAGAGCUACGAAACCAUGGACAAUUCAUUAUAAAUAA